AUGGGCAAGGGGCUGCUCUUCUGGGACAACAACGACGGCGGCGGGAUUCUGAGCGAGAAGCGCAACACGCUCAACUACGGCAGCAACACGCUCAACUAUGGCAGCACCACGCUGCCAGGCCCCGUGACGCCGCCCAACCCGACGGCAGCGCGGCGCUCGCUGACGCGCACCACCAACGACGGCCCGCCGUUCAUCGACCUCAAGAUCGCCGGCAGCAAGACGCCGACUCCGUCGAGCCCGUUCUGCGUCUCGCCCAUGUCGCCGCUCUUCCCGCGCUCGCCGUCCCCCACCAAGUCCAACAACCCACGCUCCAGCCAGGACUCGCUCGGCGGCGUCAGCAUCUCCAGCCAGGACUCGCUCGGCGGCGUCAGCAUCGCCAGCAGCGGCGUCAUGUCGCCCUCCCUCAUGUCCUGGCCCGUGCCCCCGUCCACCGCCAACAGCGUCCGCUCGUCCCCGCCCCCGACGGGCGUGAGCGAGAGGCAGCCCGAGAAAAGGCCCCCGCGCUACCAGCCUAUGCCGCCGCCGUCGCGGCCCGCCAGGCCGUCUAACUGGAAGAAGCCCGCCGAGUGGGGCACGUAA